CCCCCGGAAAAGGCAGACUGGAUAGAAAGGAAAUCAUUUGAGAAGCUGAUUAGUAGGGUCCCUGUUUUCAGAACGCUGUCCUCUGCAAAGUGAAACUUUAUGUUUUGAUUCUGUCGUUGGAUAAGAAGGUGAAAUAUUGAAUGGGAAGCUGGAUGUGAGAUCAAUCCAAGGUGAAAGAUACCUUUUUACAGAUCCAAAGGGAGCACAUAAGGUUGUGCUUCUCUGCCUUGGAAGAGUUUCGGAAAACAGCCAUGUCCACAGCACUUGACCUGAAAACAAAGGAAGAAAAAAAUGCUGAAUUAGACAAACGCAUUGAAGCCCUCCGCAAGAAAAAUGAAGCUCUGGUUAAGAGGUACCAGGAAAUUGAGGAAGACAAGAAACGAGCAGAGCAAGAGGGCAUUGCGGUAACGACCCCUAGGAAACCACGAGAGGCGCUUGGUAAGAGGUACCAGGAUAGUGAUGAUAAACGAGGAGAUCAAGAUAACACUGGCAUUGCAUCACCAAAGUCCCAUUUACAUGAUUCUGAUGUGCAAGAGAAGAGGAAUUUUGAGAAAGAAAACUUCACCAUCUCUGUGGAAAUUUCUAAAUCUUCAAGGGAGAAACGUGUCAUCAGUGAUCGCAAAUCAAGCAGUCAAAAUACACCAAGGAACAGGGUGGAACCAGGUGAUUUCUCCUCUGAAACCUUUACCAUUGAGCAGAGCCCAUCCAGAAGAGGGAGUUCUGGACGAGGGAUUCGGAACAGAGGAGGCCGUGGUGCAAGGCAGGAAGCAUGCCGAGAAAGAGGGGAAACUCCUCAUGAUGUAGGAGAAACAUUUGAAGGGCGGUCACCUAGAGGUGGCCGUGGCCGCCGGGGAAUGCCAGAAAGUGGUGGAAUUCAUCCUGGACAAGACAGGAAGGCAAAAGAGUGGGAGGAAAAGAGGCGGCAAAACAUUGAAAAAAUGAAUGAGGAAAUGGAGAAGAUUGCAGAAUAUGAGAGGGGGCAGCGAGGUGAUGGAACUGGUGAAAAAAACCCCAUAAGAAAUUUUUUGGAUGACCCACGUCGUUCUGGUCCUAUUCUUGAACUGGAUCGUAAAGAAGGAAGCAGACGGCAUUUUCGAAACUGGGGUGGUCUAGACUUUGAAAAGGUCAAGACUGGAACUGAGAGGGAAAAGGAAUGGACGAACCGACGUCCUGUUCCCAAAGUAUCUUCUGACAUGACCAUGUCCAUGACUGGGAGGGAAAGGGCAGAGUACAUGCGAUGGAAAAAAGAACGAGAACAGAUUGAUCAGGAAAGGCUGGCUCGCCAUCGAAAUGCAACGGGGCAGUGGCGACGUGAAUGGGAUGCACAGAAAUCAGAUGGCAUGUUCAAAGGAGAGGCUGGAGAAUCAGUGGGACAAGGGCAAGGGCAAGGGCAAGGACAAGACCAAGACAGUUGGAGAGAUGAUGGUAGACCUCGUCACAAAGCACCCACGUUUGGAGACUUUAUGCCUCAGAGCAAAAUGAGAGAACCAGUUAAAGGACGACCCCAAAGGAAGGGACGGGGACCAGCAAAUAACUACAGUAUGCAUGACAACCGAUGGGUUGAGAAUGAGGAGGACAAGAUGUUGGGAGAAUUAAAAACUGAAGACUCUGCCAGCAAGAAGAGUAUGAUGCCACCUGAAAGUGCUCCUGAAAUAGAAAGCCAUGAAGAUGAUGAAGAUCAGUGGGAGGAUGAAGAAGAUGAAGUAGUAGUGGUAGGAGAAGGAGAUGAAGAGGAGGAAGAGGAGGCAGAGCAGCAGGAAAAGUCCUCAACAUCUGUUCCUAUAUCCUCUGCGGAAACAAAAAAAAAAGUUGCACCAGUUUCUGUCCCAAUGAACACAAAGGUGAAAGAAAGACCAAGGCCUGCAAGAAAAAGGAAGAGUAAUCCUAAACUGCAGAUAUCAAAUGUUCAAAGGUCUCCGCCAUGCCAGACAUCUUCAGAAACAAAGCCACCACUGAGCCCAUUUUCUCCUCAGGAAUGUCCCCAGGGUAUGAGCUGGGGAGACCAGAUGGAUCUGCAGUCUCCACGCAGUAGUUUGGGUGAUAGCCCUCUCAGGUUGGAUAGCACUGGGGAUGGCUUUAGCCCUGGCAAACCUCAAAGGGAGACUGAGGAAGUUGUUUCUAUAGAAGGAAAGUUAGAUCAAACGGACAUUUCAAAAUGCCACAAGCUUAAUGAGGCAAGUGAAACUGUGUCUGUUUGCCCUGAAGAGGAGUUUAUAGAGGCAGCUGAAUCUUUUGUAACUGAAGAAAUGGAUAAAGUUGAUAUUCCAAAUGUGGAAAAUGAUGCACACAAUGAAUCUCCAAAGGAAGAGGAGGGUGUUGAUAAGCAGUUAGAUAAUAAAGAGACUGUAAAUAAUGAAGUACUUGGCACUCCUAACAAUGAGGAGGAGAACAGCAAUAAUACUUUUAAGGAUGAAAUGAAUGAUUCUCCUGAUGCUCUGCAGAACACUGAAACAGAUGAGCUCCAAGUGACCACAGAACCUACAUCAGACUGCGUCUCCUCCUCUCUGGCCAGUCAGCCUUCUUCAGGUGUGGUUCAGAUUACCAGCUUUCAGGCUGUGGCUUUCCGUAAGAACUCUCUAGAACUGGCUGAACUUUGAAUAUUUGGCUGCUUUUAUCCCUGCAUAUUCCUUUCCUUGAACUGCCCUGAAUUCAUUUCCUACCUUCCUGAUUUGUGACGUUAAUGCUGCAUUCAUAGCGUGAAUCCUUAUCGCCCUGCAUUACUUCUUCCUGCUGCUUGUUUGUGUGUAACCCACCUGUCUGUUUGUCAAUUUGGAUGAGUAACAAAGUUUAAGUUAACUUCACAGUUUCUAGCAUGUUGGAUUCAAAUUCACUUUCUUGGGAGUAAGCAGUGUCACUUUGUGGAUAAACGUGGCUGAAUUCUCCAGUGCCUGGCUUAAGACAUCGACACCUCCUUGACUGAUCUUUGUCUCUCAGCUCAGCUGCGCAUGACUUAACCCCCUCACCCCCAUUUCCGACAUCACCUUUUUAAUGUUUUUAAACUUUUUCUUGCUGCCUUGUUUGUUGUUUGAUAUCAGAAACAACUGAUAUCUUCUCCUUUGGGGUUACUUUAAGGCUUUUAUUUGCAGAUUUUUUUUUCCAUUCCCCAUUGCCAUGGGGGCUUUGGCUGUCUUUUAUUCUCAUAAAGCUAAUUCACUUCCUCUCUAACUGCACUUUUGGUUGUCAGCCAGUAGAUAAAUUACAGGCAUUAUAAGCAUAAUGGAUCUUGUUUAGAUCAGAAUUUACCAGUGAGCUGUAAGUAGUGCAGAGCACAGACUUGAGUGUUUUUAAUUAUUUGGGUGUUGUGGCAUGUUUCACCAUUUAAGCUUCAAGUAAGUCAGAAUUCUGAGGUUAGUGGUAGCCAAUGAAUCCAUAUGUAUGUGUCUACACUUUUGAUUACUGAGAGUCCGCCUUGUAAAAUCUUAAACUUGAUUUAAGGUAUACCUAUUCUUCUUCACUCUGAAUAAUAAGCACCACUGAGCAGACAUCAGAGGCAGGUAGAACUUUCACUGUACCUGCCCACAUCCACCCUGCUAAGUGAUGAAUUUUUAGU